UGGACUCAGAAACUGCAGCCUAUAAAAGGGAGCCACGCGAUCCACCCAGCAUUCAGUUUGUGUACAGAACAGGACCAUGAAGUUGCUCAUUAUCUUUGCUUGCCUGCUGGGCCUCGCACUCAGCCAUGAGGUGCUCUACACGCCUGGCUAUACCUACUAUAGCGCACCUGGACUGGCCUAUGCCUUGCCUCUGGCCUACACCCGACGCCUCAUCUCGCCGGCCUUACAGUCGCAGGUGUAUCACAGCGUGGAGACAGACAACUCCUAUCAGCAGCAAUAUCGUGCUGACUACAAGCCGCUGACCUAUGAAUAUCUCUUCUGAAAAAAGGGGGAAAUAAUUAAGCGUGAAAUUUGAAUAAAGUGUAUC